AAGCAAACUCCCUCCUCACUGCUCACAAAGCCCAAUGGUAUACAACAAUCCGUGAGAGUGCGCCAUAGUCCCUUCUGAAUUGGCUGCAGAAUGCUACCGUACUCAUCAUGUCUCGUGCUCCGUCCGGCCUGAGCUCCAAUUCCUCAACACCCGAUCAGCUUCCUUCCAAGUCGUCCGCCAACCCCUUGAGCAUUAUCUUGUUCGUGAGAACCCUAAGGCUGCUGGAUUUGGAUCGGUUGGAUGAUUGGCCGGGAAUAUCACCUCAGACUUUCUCAACUAAAGAUUCCACGCAGAAUCAGAAGGCCAGGAUCAAGGCUACGGAAUGGGCUUUGUACCGGUUGUUUGAACUAUGGAAUCCCGAGGAGACCAGGGAGAAACUUCUCCCGUUCUUUCCUCCGCUCGAACCCCUUCAAAGCCUUAAUCUCCGCGCAGCCCUCUUCCGAAGUUUGAAUGAGCUGAAGAAGAAUGGCGUUCUUGGCCGCGAUAUUAUUCUGCGCCGCACGAUGCUCGAUGAUUGUAAAGGGGACAAGUUCAAUGACAUCCUGAUUGGAUUUUCCUCCGCGGUAUUGAAGAAGGAGCUAUCUCGCAAACCGACCCGGAAGAGUCAUGUGUCUCCGGCCCAGAAGCUGGCUCUAUCAAACAGCCUGACUCCCAAACAACAAUCGUCCUUACUACCACUUGCAGUGGCACAUAAGGCUGCUUUAUCUGCUGUGCUGAAGCGGAAGGCGGAGCAGAAAGCCAGGCUAGAAACAUUGGCGAGUUUUCUCAACGACAAGAGACAGAUGCUUGCCCGUCGCCAUGAAAAGGGUCGGUUGGAGAUUCGAGAGCUCCAAAACGCGGGUGGUCCACAAGAGAGCAAAGAGGAUGUGAAAAGAGCAUUGCAGAAUCACUGGCUCGGCGAUCUGGCUUGGCUCGACGUGCUAGUCAGUGGAGACCAAGGAGACCCUUCGGAAAGGGACUUUGAGCGACCCUGGAAAGUCGUUUGGCGCAAACACCUGUACGGAAAGGACCCUGAGGGCGAGGAGCGCCCUGUUGGUCUAUUGGAAGACCUUCAAACUCGUGUUCGUGACCAGCAGGAGCGGCUCGAGCAGUGGAAAAUCAUCCAUGAGCGCACACGACAGCUGAUCGACCAGUCCGAUACCUUCGCACGAAAGCUGCAUGCUCGCCAAACUACCUCCGCGUCGAGGUUUGACAAGCAUCUGGAUCUAAAUCUGGACAGUAUCUCAAAGUCUGGGAGUGGUCGGCUCACCGCUGGAGCCGCGAGCCCAAUGAACCCAGAGGUCCAGGCCGUCCUCGCUGAACUUAAUGAAAGUAUACAGAAAACCGCAAUCAGCCAUCGUGGGCAAGGGUCACAAGGCUCUCGCAGAGGUCCAUCCCAACGGCCAGUCCAUGGUCGUCAAAACAGCAUCCCCCUAACCCGCAUGGCGAAUGGGAGGGGCCAGGAAUCUACGUCUCCCAGCGAGGACUCUGGAACAUCCCGUGGACAUGGAUUCAGACCGCUCCCGGUGCGGACAGACAGCGCAACGUCUAGCAGACAGUCAACUAGAGGGCUACGUCCGCUGAGUCUGCUUGCUAUGUCGCCCGUCAAACUUCCCGGCCAGAGCCAAGGGCCUUCCCCGAACGCUGCGUAUGAGCGCGGCUAUUCGCCUAUGCGAUCAUCCAACUUCUCGUCCCCCGCCGAAGGACCCAGUCCAGAUUCCAGGAGCCCAGCAAGUGAAGCAGCCGGUGAAUACGUAGACGCGCGGAAUGGGUCGACGUUGAGCAACCCAUCGCCGAACCCAUUAACCCGUGCUCCCACCAUGCCUCCACCAAGCCGACCGUAUCUCUCCUUAAGCGAACGGACGCGACUUUCUAUGGCACCUGUGGGUCUCGCUCUCUCAGAGUCUGACGAAUCACCUCCGGCGGAAACCGACCUUGGUCAAGAGAAGGAUAGCUACGAAAAGCGCCAUGCAGAACUGCUGGAACGUACGCGUCAGUCUAUGCGGCGAGCAAGCGUGGCACAUGAAUCGGCGGGGUCCGGUAUCGACAAUCCCGGCAAUGCCCCCACAGGACCUAGACAUGAACGAUCGGUCUCUCGGCCAAAGAGUUCCCACACCGGAAAGCGCGGGAGCGUGUAUCAUUUCCCUGUGAACGUUUGGGAGGCCGAGAGCCCAGAAACGGGGAAGAAUCAGCCGCUUCCCAGGGUUCUAAAUGACUUCGAGCCGACGAAUGUUGCCGAUGAGCAGGAUGACGGCGUGGAACCGCCAAGCAAGCCACUUCCGGCGCGGCGUACACAUACAGUUGACUCUUAUAUUGGGGUAGAGGCCAAUGACGACAAAACCCAUGCUCACCCAGCAUCAAUGGUGUCAGGAGACACAAUUGUUAAGGGCGAUAUAAGCGCUUCAACGCUCUCCGAUCGAGCUAGCCGAGCGUCUUUGAGUCCCGGAGGAGAAGCAUUUGCAGCAUUAAGGGGCAAGACGACGCCGAGGAGGGAUGCUACGCCCACGGAGAUGCUGUUCAGCCCUGCUGCGGAGUAUUCAAGCGUCUUUAAGAGCAGGCCUAAGAUUGCAACAAGUCCUGUUCUCAUGCCGGCAGAUAAUGACGACGAUGUAGAUGGAGUGGAUUAGCGUCGGGGCUUUCUUUAUGUUCGAGCGUUCUUUCAUUUUGAAGCGUUCCUCACUGACACGCGGCAGCGACUGUACGCCCUAACGUUGACGUUUGAGCAUUUAGAUUUUCGGUACCUAUCAACACGAGAUAUCAAAUUUCUAAUAGCGCCUUUGAUUACAAAAGUCGUCCCUGAUCCCCCAAUGGCGAUACACGUUUUGCCUUACACUUGCUUCGCGACUGUCUCG